AUGGACGUGCCGGGAGCUAGCGGUGCUUCAAGGAGGGACCGUGGCAAAGGCAGGGGAUUCCUUUGGCUCUUCGUGUCCGCAGUGCUGCUACAGCCCGUGGCCGGAGAGAUGGAGGUGUGCCAGUGUGACUUUGGGAACAGCAGCUGGGAAGAGAACUUGGACAACAUGAUAAGGCACCUGGACGAGCACGGACGCCGCAGCGACUUUUGGGACGAAGGGGCGGCAAGCACACAGUUCAUCCGGAACUACGAAUGCCCGAAGGAUUUGCGCGAGACCGACCGGAAUGACUGGAAGUGCAGGCCCGAGCAGUCAGCAGUGGCUGCUGUCUGCGGCCUGCAGGCUGUAGACGCAACAACUCGUCGGCUCGUUGAGCCUGGAGCCCUGGGCCAGAGGCGAACACUAAUUGAGCUCAGCAUGUCUUACCGUGAGGCCCUUCGGUACAUGAGUUUCCGCUGGCGAAAGGUUGUCGUGUCCGAGCAUGACCAGCAGAGGAAGGUCUGUGAAGAGCAGCGCAGCUCUGCAGGGAAGGUGGAAGCCCAGCGGCGCUUCGAGGCGCGACGAGCCGAGGCCCAGGCCAAAGAGGCAGCGAAGGAAGCCGAGGCGAACGAGGCACCGUGGCGGGCACGAGCUGAGGCCGCAGAGGAAGCCUUGAAGAGGGCAGAGCAGCUUUGCAGGGAGAGCCAGGCAAAAGUGAAGAAGGCCGAGGCAGAGGCCAAACGGAAGAGAGAGUUCAACCAGCCGGCUGUCCCGGGAUCCUGGCGUUUUGUCUUGGCUUCCGUGUUUCUGCUGCUCUGCUUCUGUGCAUUGGUACCUCGACGCUUCGGAAAGCUGCUGGCGAGCUUCUUGUGUCCUGCACGAGAUCGCACCGUCGAUACAGGUGACGGCCUAAAGAGGUCAUCGGAGGAACUCGAGAAGGCUGUAUGCCAGAUGAGGGAAGUCAUGGUCGAAGAGUUUGAUGCCAGUAAGAAUCAGUUAUGCCCAAAACAGCAGGAAGCAAAGGUUCCGAGUGCGGCUGGCGAGCAGAUUGUGAUGCAGCUGGCCGAUCAGCUCGCUGACAAUGGAAAGGCUUUGCUUCAGCUGAAGGGCGUCAUGGAGGAACACCUGGAUGCCAUGAAGUUUCAGUUGCGCCGCAAGAAGCAGGAAGCAAAGCCGAGUGCAGUUGAGGACACUACACAUCCGACAGAGGAGAUCGCGAUGCCGCAAGCUGAUGAUGCCAGCGAGGUCUGGAGUCAUACCUCGUGGGUUGAAGUUAACAGUUGCGAAGCACUGGCGGCAAACUCCUUGCCCAAGAUCUCUGCAGGUGGCACUGACAGCCCGGAGCCAUGCUGCUUUCUCCAAGAGUCCCUUUUCUUGGCAGAGGACAAGCGAACGUACAUACAGGGAUUCGACCUUCAUCUGGGCUGCAAGAUCUCGGCGGCAGACGGCAGCGUGAUCCGUGUGCGAAAGGUCCCAGAACUCCACCGGGUGGACAAGACCUUGAAUUUGCGUGCGGGCAGCGCCGUCUUGCCGUGCACGCCGGAUCAUCGCAUUACAUUGCCGACAGGUGACACAGUGCCAGCUGACACGCUUCGCAUCGGCCAGGAGGUCAUGGUGCAAAACACUCCAACCCAACUGACCAGCAUUGAGCUCAGUUAUGUGCCUGUCAACGUCUUGAAGCUGGCCUUCGAUCCGGACUUGCCCGUGGAGGUCUUGGUGCCCCCGCCGGCCAUCCAGUCCAAGGGAACUGCGAAGAAGGCCCUGCGUCGCAGCCUGGUGGGUCGCCGUGGAAGCCCGGAGGAGCCCAGCAUCCCCGACACGGAGGCGGAAUACCAGGACUAG